CGCAAAAGAUCUCACCUUGAGAGCGAGAAAGAGAGAGAGAUGUGGUGGCGCCGCGCAGCGAUUGCGCACUCUGAGAAGCUAUUGAGGAAUUCAUUCAAGUCUCAAUGGCUUGCUCCUUCGUUUGCUUUCUCGGAAAUGGCGAGCAAGAAAGGAAAGGCGGCUCCUUUGCAGGAGAGGAGGAUGAGAGAUAAGUUUAGGUUGUGGGCUAAAGGAGGUGAAGGUGGGAAUGGUUGUUGGAGCUUGAGGCGCAGCCGCACUGACAGGCGUGGCAAGCCUGAUGGUGGAAAUGGAGGAAGAGGCGGGGAUGUUAUUCUCGAGUGUUCACCAGCAGUUUGGGAUUUUAGUAGUCUACAACAUCACUUGAACGCUAAAGGUGGCGGAAAUGGUGUUUCAAAGAAUAAAAUAGGGAGUUGUGGAUCUGACAAGGUUGUGCAAGUACCGGUUGGCACUGUUAUUCACUUAGUUUGCGGUGAAACUCCUUCACUUGUGGAAACUAAUUCCUUUAAAUCUUUAAAACCUUGGGAGAUUUAUGAUUCCCCGGAAGCCGAUCCAUCUAAAUCAAUCGAUUUCAGUGACAAUAAGAGCAGUGCAUCAGGCUCUCUAAAGAAGGAAAAGGUUGAUGAUAUCAGGAGUUCUUGUGGCACACCUCGAAGAUCCUGUGGAUCUUAUAUUUUAGAAGAAGUUGAAAGCAAAAGGUAUGCAGAAGUAAAUCAUACGGAGAUUAGUCACGAAGAAGAUGAUGAAGAUGCUUACGAAAUGGACUUCGAGGAGGAGGAAGAAGAAGAAGAAGAAGAAGAGAUAGUAAAUUAUUCGGUUGCAGAAUUAACACAAGCGGGACAAAGAUUAUUGGUUGCAAGAGGAGGUGAAGGUGGUCUUGGCAAUGCUUCAAUAAAAAAGGAUAACAAGUAUUUCAGAAACAGCAAAAGGUAUGAUGAUUCUUCUGAUUUGGAACACCUUGACGGCGAAGAGAAAUCUUCAUUGACAGCUGGUCAGCCUGGCACAGAAGCCGUGCUUAUAUUAGAACUUAAGAGUAUUGCGGAUGUAGGUCUUGUUGGGAUGCCGAAUGCGGGUAAAAGCACACUUUUAGGUGCUAUUUCAAGGGCGAAGCCUGCUGUUGGCCAUUAUGCCUUCACCACCCUAAGACCAAAUAUUGGAAACUUGACAUAUGAAGACUUCUUUUCGGUUACAGUGGCUGACAUUCCGGGGAUCAUUCGAGGAGCACAUGAGAAUCGAGGGUUAGGCCAUGCCUUUCUCCGGCACAUUGAACGAACAAAAGUUUUGGCCUAUGUAGUAGAUUUAGCGGCCACACUCGAUGGUAAAAUGGGUAUUACACCGUGGGAACAGCUGAGAGACUUAGUUUUGGAGCUCGAGUAUCAUCAGGAAGGUUUGUCAAAGAGACCGUCUUUAGUAGUGGCUAACAAAAUCGACGAAGAUGGUGCUGAGAGUGUGUACGAAGAAUUGAAGAGAAGGGUCAAAGGUGUUAUGAUAUUUCCUGUGUGUGCCGUCUUAGAAGAAGGUGUUCCGGAGCUAAAAGCAGGGCUCAGAAGCCUUAUAGCUGGUGGCAAACAACAAGGGCUUGAUCUUAAUAAAAUUAUGGUGGAUUAGUUUUGUUUUACAUAUGCUUGUUAAGUAAAACUUGCAAGAUGAUCCUUUUGUAUGUAUAAUAUAUAGAUCGAACUUUUUGAAUAACAGUUGAUUGACAA